AUGAGUCAAUUUCAAUUAUUUCCUCCACCCCAGCCAGAGGUGAAAAUCCCUAAGAACCCGUUUCGCAAGGGCGUUAAAGCCCCAGUUGUGAAGACGAAGCCCGGAUCUUCGAUUCCUCUCGAAGAGAUCCAAGAUACAUCCAAAACAAGCGAAUCCGUCCUAGUUCAAAUUAUUCAAGAUACUCAGUCUUUCCCUCCCCCUCCCCCUCCACCAGUACCAGCGGCAGCACAUCUUGCACGAGCAAAGUCUCCGGCCAAGUCUGUGUCAUCUCAUGGUUCUUCAUCGCCGCGGCCUGUACGUAGUCACAGCCGUCAAGAAGGCCGCUCAGAUCACCAAGCUCUGCCUUCUCAGAGCAGAAUGAGCAAUGGCAGCGGUAGCGUUCGCACGGUCACGUCAGCCUCAUCGCCCCAGUCUUCUCAGUCUUCUGUUUCUCCUAUGCCAAUGAGAUCCAUGUUUCCCCAAUUCAACUCUAAGGUCCCUCUUGACCAGCAAAGUUAUCGUCUACAGAUGCCGAUCAGUCCUCCAGAUACAACAAAAAAGCCGUCUCGAAAACCUAAUCUUACUCUAUCUCCGAGCUCAGAGAUCGACCAGGUUUUGGGUCCCAAGACAGUACCUGCAAGUGUAUUGAACUUCCCGACUGGUGUUUUGGAGUCGGAGGGAAGUCGCUUCUCGUCACCACAAGAGUUAGAGAUGCUAUGGGAAGCUGCCAAUGGCCAGCGACAACAGGAACUAUAUGGAACAUUCAACUUACGGCUGACAAAGACUGGCCCCGCGACUUUCGCAUUUGGUAACUCCCGACAGCCAUUCUACAGAUUGGAGACGUACUCCAAUAACGAAAUAUCCAUCUCCCGCGGUGCACCCUCUACGCCUGAGAAUGACGUCCCUAUCAUGACAUUGACCCUUGAAGAUCGUAACCGCCGUGACCACCCCAACGAUGGACUUGUUGCUCUUCUCUUUUCGCGACUGGCUGCCAUGCUGGCGAUUGACCAAGCCGAUGAGAUUAGUAAAACGCAUUAUCUCUCGGGCUCCGAGGCUGCAGAAGUUGAGAGGAAAGCCCUGAAACGAGCUGCAGCCCAGGAAUCUUGCCGACUAUCUUGGAAUCGAAAUCUACGGCUUUAUGAGCUUCGCCACCCGUCAUUAUCCAAACAACAACCUCCAUCUCUGGUAGGGGCUGCGGGUAUUCCGCUAUCUCCUGUGCAGGCGCAAUCUUCUGGAAUUCUUUAUAUCACAGUUUCCACGUCCAGCGAUAGGAGUCCCAGUCAACCACCAACUAUUAUUGUUACUGGUCCGAUGUCAUCUACAGCUAUGGAGGCUGCACGACAAGCCGCGAAUCCUCGAACAUCUACUCUACCUGCUCCAGACUCAGACGAGCCACUAGCAGUGUUGGACUUCGGAUCUCGAAAACUUUCCAUCUCUCCGGCUGCCGUUAUUGCCACCAUUCCAUCAUUAUAUGCAGUCGAUUCUCUGGUCGCAGCAAUUCUGGCCGUGGCCGUAUCAGAUGAAGCUACCAAUCCCAUACUAGCAGAUAUGGAACUCGGCACCCCUAAGUCAGUAGCGUCAAGCUUCAAGUCAGCACCACGACCAGGAUUAUUCCGCGGAAAAUUGAUCACAACUCAAGCAGAGCGUGAUGACUAUGCCGAGAGUAUGGAGUUAGCAUCCCAAAUCGAGUCUGUAAAUGCUAAGUCAGAUCCCGAGGCCAAGGACAAGGGCUUCUUAAAAUUCUGGAGUCGAUCCAAGUCCAGUCCCACACCGCAGGACGGCAAGAAAACCUCAAAAUCUAAGAACAACAAGCAGGUUUUGGUUGAAGAAUUCGACCUAGAGAAGUAUGGUCGCUAUGGCCGUACUUCGUCGCGCGAGGGGGAGAAAUUGCCUGGGAUAGUGAGAGGAACAUUGAAGAUCCUUUUCUUUGGUCUAAACCUCAUUGUCAAAACACUUACUGCUCUAGUCAAGAUUCUGGCAUGGAUGCUAGUAAGUAUGACUCGAUGCGUGACCAGCGAGAAAUUCUGA